UCAUCCGAUAAUCAUUGUCUGUGAAGGCAAUUCAGUUUGCUUCACUUUUUGUAGUUACACAAAGGCUUCACAAUCAGUUUCAAUCAUGACGUUGUACCAGCUGCGCAUUUAAAAUGUUAUUCAUUCUCCUACUCGCUAUUCCGUGUAUAGCUUCUGUGGAAAAUGAGGAAACGAACGUGCCGAAGCCAUACGUUAUCUUACCGUUGCCCUUGGAUCUUCCAAAUAGAAACGAUCGAGCGGAACAAUGCUGGCUGAGGAUAGAGGACAUCGAGCUAACUGAAACCCUCGCAGUGUACUGCCAUAUAGCCGAAGCAUUCCUUCAUUAUUUCAUCCACGAAUACAACACUCGCAAGAUGAUUGAAGACAAAGUGGAUGUCAGUCUAUGGAAUGAGAAACCAAGGUCCAUAGAGGAUAUUCCGGUUCCUAGGGAUGAUGCGGAAGUGAGGACAGAUAAUGAGAACACCUUAAUAGACUGGAAAUGGACGACCAUAGAGGACCCAACGAUACACAGACGAUUCUACGUCACCAAGAAAGCUGAUUGUAGACUCAUCAUGUACAGUCGCGAUGGAAUGAGCAAUUAUCAAGUGGAGUGCGGCAAAGUUUUGUACUUUAUCAAUGUUCGUAUGAACAGCUGUGCAGUGUACAAAGGUAACGUUGAAAUAUUUGUUAUAGCAUUGUUUAUUUUACUGUUCAAUAGCUUAUAGACAGCCAUAUAUUUUUUAUUUAGUUCAGUUACAUUCGUUGGUGAUAAUAUUUUUAUAAGUAGGUAGGUAGGUAGUCACUUAGUGUUUGAGUAAAAAAAAUAUAUUUAUGUAAGUAGGUUUUAUACCAAAAAGAACCUAUCGAGUAUUAUAUUUUUGAUAUUUAAGGUUGCAAUGAAUUCUUUCACUUUUCAUUUUCAAAUUGUUAUUGUAGGCAUAUAUUGUGGCCUUUAUGUUUUUUUUUUCGUUUGCACAAUGUUAA